AUAAACAAACGCAGGUCGGCUCCAAUCGCGACAACCAGCAGCAGCAGCGACACAAGAAAAACCCCACACCCCCGCAAAAUGAAGUACUUGUGCAUUUUUGUGAUGCUUGCCAUGUGCCUGGCCAGCAGCUGGGCAGCCAUUUCCGAGCCAGCUGGUGCUCUGCCCGAGAUCCCAGAGCAGGAUGCGGCUGCGGCUGCGGCCAUUGGUGAGAAGAAGACGGAGAAGCGCGGCAUCUAUGGAUUUGGCCAUGGCUACGGUGGCUAUGGCGGCUACGGGGGCUAUGGACAUGGCUACGGCGACUAUGGACACGGGCACUAUGGCUAUGCCAGUCCGUACUACGGCAGCAUUGGAUACGUGCACUCCGCGCCAUACUACGGCGGGCAUCAUGGCGGUUACUAUCCCUACCACGGUCACGGCCACUACGGCUACUACUAGGAG